AUGGUGAUGAUGAUGACAAUCGACGGCAUGACGAUCUUGCAGAACACCGGCGGUGGCUACGGUUUUGCAAUUUAUAUCCUGGAAAAUGGCAAUAAACAAAAACAAGAGGGGGAGGCAAGUAGCAAGAAGGUGAGGCUUGCAGACUACUUUGAUGUAAUCGCAGGAACAAGUGCAGGGGCACUUAUCACAUCUUUGCUUGCUUUACCUGAAUCAAUUGAAAUUGAUGCUUCAAAACAAAUUGUUGGCCAAUUACCACGACCUCGCACUGCAGAAGAAAUUACUGAAUUGCUCUGUGACAAAGGCCCUAUAAUCUUCGAAAAGGAAACUUCCAAACAAGUCGCCGGCACAACAACCAGUAAUCAAACCAACAAGGCGGCUCUGGAUUUCGUCGACCGAUUUAAAAAAAAGUGCCACGACAUCUUGGAAAGUGCCGGGAAGAAAGUAGAAGCUGCAAUAAAGGCAGCGGUUGACACAGUUUACACUGGGGAACAUCUUAAUGAGGUUGCUGGGGAACUGUUGGGAAAAGAUACUCUGUUAAAGGACCUAUCAACCAAUAUUGUCAUCCCAACUUAUGACGUCAAUAAACUUCGUCCAGUUGUCUUCACUACCCGACUAGCUAAGGAACAAAAUUCAAAGAUAACAUUGAGGGAUAUAGUUGUGAGCUCAGCUUCUGCUCCAUAUUUUUUCCCUCCCAAAAAAUUUGAAGCCGAUGGAGAACAGUACAAUCUCGUUGAUGGUGGCCUCUUCGCUAACAAUCCUACAAUGUUAGCCAUAAGAGAAGCAAGCAAGUUGUUUCCAGAAGCAGGGGACUACAGUAAUUAUCUAAUACUAUCACUUGGAACUGGAAAGGAAAAGCUUUCGGGUGAUAGGACUAUUCUAACUGGUGGAAUCGUUGAUUGGCUCAUUGGUUUAGAAGCCAUUGUUGCUCUCAAGAUCAAAACGCCGCCGUUAGUGGAUGUCUUUUUUAGAGUCUCAGAGGAUGUUGCAGAUAUCAUGACUUCUCACACCCUUGGCGAACGUAAUCUCCGUCGCAAUUACCUCCGAAUCCAGGAUUACGAAAUGAAGGAAGAGCAUGCAGAGAUGGACAACACGCAUCAGGAGAACCUUGAAAACCUAAAAAAGAUUGGCAAUGACCUUAUUUCGAGAUAUGUUGCAAUCCCUAACUCGGAAACUGGUUUGCCUAGUGUAAUAUUUGAAGAAGUUGAAGAGAAAAUUUCCCCCAACUUACUUCCACCAAAAAACCAAGAUGAGCUCAAACGUUUUGCUAAAAGACUGUACCAUGAAAGGAGACGUCGUACACUAUAUAAGAAGUGUUUUGGCCUCAUUAACAAUCGAUCUUUGGUGGCAAUUGUGGCACUGAUAUGUUUUAUGUUCAUGGUUUGCUUUGGAGCUCGUCGUGUUGGAUUCAUUUGAUUCAAAGAAGAAGUGUUUCUAUCUCUGUAGCUACUAAUGAUGUUGGUUUGGUGUCAAUAAGAAGUGUUGUUAUUUCCUUAUUUAUUUAUUUAUUUAUUAUUAUUAUUAUAAAAAUAAAUAAAUAAAACGAGAGAGAAAGAGAGAGAAGGAUAACCUCUCCAUUAAUUGACUGUCAAAAAUUCAUCUGUGUAAAAAGAUAUUGCUUUCUUCUAAUUAUGUCUUCUUAUUCAUGUUUA